AUGAAGUCAUAAUCAGUCUUAAGCGAGCAAGAGAACUACUAAGACGGUGUAGAAGAAUUCUCUAACUAAGCUUUUAACAAAAAAACCAACAAGAUGAAUGGAACUAAAGUACAAAUAGAAGAGAAUAAUCCUUGCGAUGAGACAAUGGGUUACAUUCAAAUAGUAGAUGAGUAUGAAAAUGUAGAUAAGUUUAAAAGGAUUCCUCGCAAUUCUGAAUACUAAUACAAGGACAGAAGAGUGCAGCUUCCAAGCUUUACAGUAAAGGGAAAUCCUUUCAUAAAGAACGAAUUAAAUGGAUUUCUUAAAGAAUAUGAAGUAGAAUGUCUACCACCAAUUAUAAUAUUAGGUACUCCUCAGAUAUCAUAACAUGAUUAUAUUAAGCACAAUGGAAAGAAUGGAGUUAAUCAUAAAAGUAAUAAAAUAAAUGGAAGCCAAUAAAAAAUUAGCAUUUAAAUUAGUGCUGCUGCAGGUGUAAGCGGAAGCGGCGAAUCACAACCACAUUAAAAGAAUUUAUAUGACUCAGAUCAAUUUAAUUCUAGAGGCAACAAAGUUUAUGAUUCUCGAUAUGAAGACUCAAUUUAAGAAGACAAUGUUGAUAAUGAAAUCAUAUUUUAAAUAGCAGACUAAAUACCUGAAUUACUCGAAAAGUCAGAAAUGAGAGAUGCAUGUCUCACUCCUUCUGUGUAUUAAGAAUUAAAGCAAUAAAACCACAAAAUAUAAGAAAAGAAGAGUGAUUUUGCAAAAGCUAAAUCAUUCCAUAAAGAAGCAAAUGAAAAAGAAGAAGAAGAGGAAGAUUUAAAAUAGCAGCAAAAUAAAGUAGAUGCUAAGUCUUAAAUGGUAAUCGAUUCUUCCAAUAAUGACCUUUUAAAGUAAUAGCUAGAAUUGCAAAAAAAGAAAUAGUAAGAAAAAGAGGAGUAAGAAUAAAUUAAGCUAAUGGAAGGAUAUGAAUCAGAUCCACCAGCUCUUCCUGAAGAUAAAAAUGUCAUUUACACUUUAGUCAAGAAGGAGUUCCAAUUCCACAAUAAAAAGAUUUCAAAGCAAAUGAUUUUUGAUCUUGUUCGUGACUUCAAAACAAUUCAAGCAAAGGAUGAAUGCAGAGCUGAAUCUUCCCACAGCGAUGGUGGUAAAGAAUGCAAAGAUAAAAAAAUAAAGGAAUGUUUAAGAGGAAUAGGAAAAGAAAUUAUUAGUUAAGUAGGACGUAAAAUUCUCAGUGGAAGUUUCAACUUAACCUAAAUUUCAUUCCCUAUUAAGGCAAUGAUUCCAAAAAGUGCAUUAGAAAAGGCGCUCUAUUCUACUUGUCUAUUCCCCUUAUAUAUAAAUAAGGCCUGUCAGACAGAUAACUAUGUUGAGCGUUUUAAAUAUUUAAUUUGUGCGACUUUUGGUAACUUUUAUAUAAACUGUGGUUUCUUGAAGCCUCUCAAUCCAAUUAUUGGUGAAACUUGCUAAGGUUUUUAUCCUGAUGGAACUAGACUCUAUGCAGAACAAAUUUCUCACCAUCCUCCUAUCUCAUAUUUUACUAUUUAUGGACCAGAUAAAUCCUAUUUAAUGUACGGAAAUUACAAUUACAAAUCAAAUGCAGGCUUAAACUCGCUUAAACUUAAAAAUAAUGGUAAUCGUCAUAUAAAAUUCAAAGACGGAUAAUAUAUUAUAUAUAACUUUGCUAAGGAAGUGUAUAGUGGCUCAUUCAUGGGAGCUAUGAGAGUUGAAUCUGCAGGUUCUAUUACUUUUAAAGAUGAAAAAAACGACAUAGUAGCAGAAAUUGCAAUAGACUCUGUCAAAAAAAGACCUACUGACUACAUCUCAGGUACUAUCAAGGUUAAAGGUUAAGUAGUCUCUAAAUGCUACGGAACUUAUCUGGGUUUUAUUGAAUUCGACGAUAUUCGCUAUUGGGAUUAUCGCUAUGUAUUGCCAUAUGAACCUAUUAUAAUCAAAAGUACUCUUGGAAGCGAUUAAAGCUAACGCCCUGAUAAGAUAUACUUAUAAAAAGGAGAUAUUCCAAAAGCAUAAAAAUUCAAAGAAGAAUUGGAAGAGUUGUAAAGAAAGGAUGCAAAUUUAAGAAAAAAAUAAGCCGAAAAAAAGGGAAAAGAAUAAAAGGAGAAAGACAAAUAAGAAAAAUAAAAGUAAAAAGAAAAAGAAAAAGAAAAGAAGAAAAAAUGA